AAAAUAAUAACCGCUCCCUGAACCGGUGUUGACAAAUUUGAUACUACGAAAACUAAUCCGAUCAUGUGGAGAACAACAAACAACAACACAUUAACAAUUAAGUAUACAUGACAAGGAAAUAGGAAGACCUUGACUCUUUCCAACAAUGAAUGUUGAGGAACAGCUAUCCUGCAUCAAAGAUCUCUGCAGACAGAAGAUACUGCAUGUGAUUCAGAGUUUAGAGAAUGCCCGCACUCUCAACAUUACUAUAGAGCUACAAGAGAUAUUAAGAUAUUUGUUACAGUUAUCCAGCUUAACUUGUAUAAGAAGCUGUAUAGUAUUUGUUCAAGAAGCUCUUCAGAUCCUAGAACAGUUACCAACAGAGAAUGAAAUUUCGGAAAUAGAAGUUUGUAAAAGACAAGGUAGAAAAUAUGAUAUCCCUGGUGAAACACUGCAGUAUCUAAUUGAAUCCGGACUGAGAGUAAAGGAAAUUUCAGAAUUACUAAAUGUGAGUAAGAGAACAGUUGAGAGAAGAAUGGAAGAGUUCAACCUGUCAAUCAGACAGACUUAUAGCAAUUUAUCUGACAAUGAUUUAAGGCAAGAGGUUGAAGAGCUCUGUUCCAGUUUUCCAAAUGUUGGGUACAGAACUAUUCAGAGUCUUCUUCUUUCACAAGGAUUGAAGGUACAGGAGUUAAGAGUAAGGCAGGCUGUAAGAGAGUGUGAUCCUUGUGGGGUUUUGUUUCGCAAAGUUUUCCUGACUUCAUGUAGAAUACAGAGAAGAACUUACUCUGUUAGUGGUCCUCAAGCCCUUUGGCAUAUUGAUGGAAACCACAAGUUAAUAAGAUGGCGACUUGUUAUACAUGGAGGAAUAGAUGGUUACUCCAGGUUCCCAGUAUAUCUGAAUGUCAGCAAUAAUAACAGAGCAGACACCGUUCUAUAUGCCUUUUUAGAGGCUGUACAGCAGUUUGGUUUGCCGAGAAGGGUCCGAUCUGACAAGGGUGGUGAAAAUGUCUUAGUGGCUGAGUACAUGGUUGAACACCAACCAAUAGUCAAUAGACCAUUUAUUGCAGGGAGGUCUGUUCAUAAUCAAAGGAUUGAAAGGUUGUGGAGAGAAGUGUGGGCUGGCGUCACAAGCUUGUACUAUGCCAUAUUCUACGGCCUAGAAAAUGAGGGUAUCCUGGAUCCCACCAGUGAGGUACACAUAAUGAUGCUACACCUCGUCUUUGUUCCACGGAUACAAACCCAUUUAAACCGAUUUGCAGAGGCACUGAGGCGGCGUCCACUUAGAACAGAGAACAACCGUACUCCUCUUCAACUGUGGAUGACUUCUAGACAUCCACCCACUAAUGAACAGGUCGAUACAGAUGUUUAUGGUAUAGACUACAACCCAGAGACAGUGUUAUUCCACCAGGAAUCAGUUGAAGUUCCAGCUACCAUGGAAAUAGGCGAUGAUCACAGACAGCGGAUACAAGAUAUUCUUCAAAAAGAUUCAAACAACUUAGGUGUUGAUAUUUACAAAGAAAUACUGGAAUUUUGGACUGUAAAUUGAUUUAAGUGCACUGUUUCUAAGGGGAAUUUAAUAUUCUCAAAGAAUGAUACGAUUCUGUCAAUAAUUAAAUGUAUAAAAAGAAAAUGAAACAUUUGGACACCUAACCCCUUUGUAUAUUUUGACUGAGUUUGAUGACUUUGGAAAUUGGUUAAAUUUGUAUUUGAGUUAAUGUCAUAAGGACAUCAGUCAACAUCACAGAGUUCAAGCCUAUAUUUUAUAGACAAAAUUUGCUUCAAGUGAUGGACUCAUAAAUGCAACCAUUAUUAUUAUGUAAAGAGAAAUAUGUUGGCUAUCAGAUUAUGCCAGUAAUAGUUCUGUAUCAGUUUUCAUGUAGUCAAAAUGUUCAAUUUACAAAAGGAAGGGGUCCAAAUUAUGAAACAGUUGAUGUUAUGUUUUUAAAGAAAUAAUUAAAGCAUUGCAAUAUUAA